CAAAUGAUGGUCAAAUACUAUUGUUCGGAUGCAGUGAGAUUCCUAAUGUUACGAUUAUGGACAUCAAAAACAACUAUACAUGGAUAUCGCCAUCCGUCUCAAACCAAGACAUUGUGCCAGAAAAUUUGAUUGCUUAUACCGCUAACUUAAUUGAAAAUUAUGUGCUAAUUGCUUUUGGAUUUCUGUACACGAAUAUUACAACCGAUACAGGUUCUCCGUCAAGUAACAUCUAUCUUCUUGACAUAAGCCAAAGAAAUAACUUCUCGUGGGUGAACUCGUUUAUCCCGAUUGUCACUUCACCACCAGUCGGCAAAAAAGAUACGUCGGUCAUUAUUGGUGUAUCUGCUGGUGUUG